CCAAACUUCACUGAGAGUGAAACAGCGAGGAGACAACCGUGGACUAAAACGAGAAGCUAUUUGUUUCGUUAUUGUUGGUGAAUACAUGUUAGCUAUGUCAUCUAUGUAAUUGUACACGAUAGCGAGUUAAUAUAACACACGGUAUAUUUAGUAUUUAAUUGACAGUCUAGAAAAAAUAAUAAUAAUGAGACUAUAAAGGAAUGUUUUGGUGAAAACGAAAGCUUGCCGCUUCCACCGAAACAAAACAGCAGUCAUUAUAUAUACUGUUUCCUGGUAUUCAUUACACAGCCUGAAUGGAAAACGUUUUAUAUUGUUAGUUAACCAGAAAGCUAACUAACUCUUAGUGUCUCUAGUGAGACUAUCAAGACUCAACAGCAUCGAUAAACCAACUAUGGACGGAUGUCAACCAAACAUGCGGCAAAAUAACAACGAAAAAAGUGUAGAAAAAUGUAUGGACGAAUACCUGAAAUCCAUCGGCUUUCACCGGAAAAAAAUAGCCAAAGAUGGGUCGUGUUUAUUUCGGGCUGUAGCUGAACAGGUGUUACACUGUCAAGGCCUCCAUACCAAAGUCCGUGCCACCUGUGUGCAGUAUCUAAAGAAGAACAAGGAGAACUAUGCGGCGUUCAUAGAAGGAGACUUCGAGGAGUACAUAAUGAAACUUGAGGACCCUCAGCACUGGGUGGGAGAGGUGGAGAUAUGUGCACUGGCUCUGAUGUACAAGAGUGAUUUCAUAAUCUUCCAGACCCCUGGUAAACCUCCUGUUCAAAUCACUGACAACGGCUUUAAUGACAAGGUGCGUCUGUGCUUUCUGAACGGGAACCAUUAUGACAGUGUCUACCCCAUAGCUCAUGUGAAGAAUGCUGCCCUGUGCCAGUCCGUCCUGUACGAGCUCCUCUAUGAGCGAGUGUGUGGCACGGACCAUUCCGUGGUGGCCCCCUGUCUGAAGGGCGGUACCGGUAACCGUGGUAACGACCUUCUCGAAGACGACCCGGACAAUGAGCAGUGUCGUAGCAGCGACGAGUCGGACCUGGAGGGAGAGGACGCUCUCUGGAGCCAGGAUGGACCAGCUGGACCUGCAGCCCGGGGACUCACCGUUAAGGGUCGAGGAAGUCGAGGCCCACCCUUCUCCAACAGGGUCAGACGGUCUCUCAACCCCUUCCUCUACAGAAACACUGAGUACGAUGUCUGGGUCAAGUCCAAGAGAGCUCAGCAGAAGCUGGAUUUCUGCAUCGCCGCUGGGAUGCAGUAUACAGUGGGAGACAAGUGCAAGGUUCGCCUUGAUAACGGUGGGCGUUACUAUGGCGCCUACAUCCAGGAAGUGUCGCCUGACAACGGGCCCGUCACUGUCUUCAUAGAGGAACUGGGCAAGAAACACACUGUGUCCCUCUGGAACCUGCGCCCCCCCACAGAUGAGACGUUGUCCUGGAGCACGGUGGCCCGAGAUGGAAAGAGACUGAACAACGGCUCUGCUCCAAACUCUGAUUGGGAGGGCAGGGGAAGAGGGAGGAAGUCGGGGAAACCUUCAACGCCGUCGGCAACGCCGUCUGUCUCCCAGGCUAAAGGACCCUCCCAAAGUGGUGGGCGUGGUGUCCAGAAGCAGCACUCUUGGCCCCUGCAGGCCACCGUAGAGGAGGGAGGUGUCCGGAGCACCCCCCACCUCAACACCAGGAGACCCUCUUCCAGCUCUGUGUCAGAGGCAGCUUCAGUAGCAGCAGUAGCAGCAUUUGGUCUAUCAGAGGCCCAGCGUCAAGCCAAAGAGGAGGAACAGAGGAACAUGGCCCUGCUGGAGAUGGAGCUACGGGAUGAGAGAAGCUUCCCUGCACUGGGGGUGGUGUCUAAUGCCAGUGAGGGGAAGAAGAGGACAGGCAGAGGCAUGAGGAGAUCAACACUAGAGGAGGAGAGGAAGACCCCAUCACCUCCCACUCCUAACCUUCCUCCCACUCCUAACCUUCCUCCCACUCCUAACCUUCCUCCCACUCCUAACCUUCCUCCCACUCCUAACCUUCCUGCUACUACUAACCUUCCUCCCACUCCUAACCUUCCUCCCACUCCUAACCUUCCUCCCACUCCUAACCUUCCUCCCACUCCUAACCUUCCUGCUACUACUAACCUUCCUCCCACUCCUAACCUUCCUCCCACUCCUAACCUUCCUCCCACUCCUAACCUUCCUCCCACUCCUAACCUUCCUCCCACUCCUAACCUUCCUCCCACUCCUAACCUUCCUGCCACUCCUAACCUUCCUCCCACUCCUAACCUUCCUGCCACUCCUAACCUUCCUGCCACUCCUAACCUUCCUGCUACUCCUAACCUUCCUGCCACUCCUAACCUUCCUCCCACUCCUAACCUUCCUGCUACUCCUAACCUUCCUCCCACUCCUAACCUUCCUCCCACUCCUAACCUUCCUCCCACUCCUAACCUUCCUCCCACUCCUAACCUUCCUGCCACUCCUAACCUUCCUCCCACUCCUAACCUUCCUGCCACUCCUAACCUUCCUGCCACUCCUAACCUUCCUCCCACUCCUAACCUUCCUCCCACUCCUAACCUUCCUGCCACUCCUAACCUUCCUCCCACUCCUAACCUUCCUGCCACUCCUAACCUUCCUGCCACUCCUAACCUUCCUCCCUCUCCUAACCUUCCUCCCACUCCUAACCUUCCUCCCACUCCUAACCUUCCUCCCACUCCUAACCUUCCUCCCACUCCUAACCUUCCUGCUACUCCUAACCUUCCUGCUACUCCUAACCUUCCUGCUACUCCUAACCUUCCUGCUACUCCUAACCUUCCUGCUACUCCUAACCUUCCUGCUACUCCUAACCUUCCUCCCACUCCUAACCUUCCUGCUACUCCUAACCUUCCUCCAACCACCAUUCCUUCCAACCCUUUCCAUGUCAACUCCUGGCCUAAAACAACAACUGCUGCUGUUCCGGUCGUCCCCACCCCUCACCUCGCCCCACCUGUGUCUGGGGUUUUUACUGCCCCACCUCUGGUGACCUCUGUGCCCGACACGGUGACCUCUGUGCCCGACACGGUGACCUCUGUGCCCGACACGGUGGCCCAAUCCCCUCAGACAAUACAGACUGUCCCUCUCAACCCCCCCUCUCUCAAUCUCACCCACCCCUCCUCUCUUCCACAAUCUGGUCAACCCUAUCUUCCCCAAUGUUCUCUCUCCCAGCCCCCCCUCUCCCAGCCCCACUUCUCCCAGCCCCCCCUCUCCCAGCCCCCCCUCUCCCAGCCCCACCUCUCCCAGCCCCACUUCUCCCAGCCCCCCUCUCCCAGCCCCACUUCUCCCAGCCCCCCCUCUCCCACCCCCCUCUCCCAGCCCCCCCUCUCCCUGGAUCCUCCAUCCAGUGAGGUCUCCUCAGCCUACACCCCAGCUUUAUCCCACAUCGUUGUUCCCCCCACUUCCUUCCUCCCCACCAACCACCCUUCCCUUCCCCCCGGGCUCUCCCCAUCCCCCCUCCAGCCCCAGACUGUCACCCAGCCCCCCCUGUCGUUCCACCAGCUGGCUCAUCUCUACCAAGACCCCCUGUUCCCAGGGUUUCCUUUGACUGACAAGGAAGAGAUCGUCCAGACUCCCCCUUAUUCUUAUAUCCACACGGGAGAGGACCUGCCACGAGAUGUCAACAUCCUGAGGUUUUUCUUCAACCUUGGUGUGAAGGCGUUCACCAACCCCAUGUGGCCCCCCCACUCUUACAUCCUCCCUCUUCACCAGGCCUACAGCAUGCAGCCCAAACUACCCUCAGUCUCCCUCCCCUCUUCCCACUGGUACCCCUCCCACCCCUCCACCGUGCCACAGGAGGGGUACGGACACCCCCACCCUCAGUACCCCUCGGGCUUGGGGGGCCUCCAUCUGCAUGACAACCUCCAGAGAUCAACCCCCCAAACGGCUGCAGAACCUCCCCAGCAUAUGGAGUUCAGAUACGGGCAGGAUGGGCGCUCCGCCCUGGGGUACCCUUCCAACCGCCACCUUCACCCUGCCUCAACCCAGCCCGUGCCGUUCCAGCCACGUAUGGCUGGCUCUCUACCCUGGUGUAGCAACGUUACCCCGCGACCGAACGCCUACGCUGGGGUAUGCUCUGUACCCACACCCCUGACACAAUACUCUCCACAAGCACCCCAACCUGCACCUCCCAACCAGUACCCGACUGCACCCCAAUCCUCUACCCACACCUCGCAAGCUCAGCCCUACACUCCAGCUCCAGCCGCCUCCCCUCCCUCCGUACCCCAGUACCAAUCAGCGUCUCUGGGGUACCCUCCCCCGAGGCUGCCCAGUGGGAACCAGACCCAAGGACCACUGGAUCCUUUCCCCGCCAGCGGUGCCUCUUCCCUGGGUAUGAGGUCCAGCCACAGUCCCCUGGAGAACCAUAAAGCUAAUACUACCUCUGUUGUCAAUAUUACUACUGCUGCUGCUGCUACUACCUUGUCUAGUACUACUGCUUCCAACACAGAGAGAGCUUUACAGACUGUUCUUGCAGGCUUCGCAGACAGAGGACAGGGAGACAUGAAGACGGCUGGCACUCUGCUAGUGAACCCUCUUCCUCCUACUGAGCAGGUCACAUGGGUCCCCGAGGGUCACCUGAUAACAACACUAAGUGCCCAGACCAUGUUCAAGGAUGUAUCCGUCGGCAUGGCGACGCAGGGUGCGGGCGACGCCCCCAUGACCCAGAGCAGGGCGGAGUUUAAAAUGAAAACGGCCAAUGAGACGACGACGGGGAGCUGGGGCGAGACUUCAUAUUUAGUGCCCCAGGCCCCAAGCGACUUAACAUCAUCGGACCGAGACUGGGUGGGAGGGGAGUGGCUAGACCCUAAUGACCAUGCCCUCAGAAACGGAAAGAAGUUCUACAGUCGCUCCUUCAGAGGUGGAGGAGGGAGGGGAGGACACGAGGAGGGAGGAGGAGCCAGAGGGUAUAGAGAGAACCGUUGGAGGGGGGAGAGACGGGGGGUAGGAGGUUACCGAGGAGUGGGGAGGAGAGAUAACAGGGAAGGUUUCCGGGAGCAAGACCGAGGGGACAGGAAGCAGGAAGGAAGAGGGGGCGACACCACCUCCAAAGGACAAAAUGUGAGGGGUCGGGGGAGGAGCUACCACUACAAUCAACAGCAAUCCAAUGGCAGAGAGGCAGGCAACUCUAGUGGGAUGAGGAACCCCCUUAUACAGAUUUGUGAGAUUUGAUUGGCUGAUAUGGCUUUUUUGGGGGGGGGGGUUGUUUAUAUAUAAAAAAAAAAAAUCUGAUUUGGUAUUUUAAUCGUCUGGUUUGUGGGAUUAUAUAGCUGUCGUUGGACUCGUCUUUUAAAAAAGGAAAAAAAUCUGUCAAGUGUCUUUCUCCAUGUUAUUGUUGCUUUCUGGACUUAGGCUUGUAUCCCAUAUAUAGUGCACUACCCCCCCCCAAUAGGGCCCUGGUCAAAAGUAGUGCACUAUAUAGGGAUUAGGGUGUUCAUUUGGGAUACAACCUAUCUCCUCUGAAAGAUGUUAAUGGUAUUCCAGGUAGAUGUUUGCAUUUCCGUCUAAUAAAAGUUUGCUGUAUUAGG